AUGCUUUGCAAUGCACGUUUCAAGUAAACAUUGCGAUACCUUCUACUCGGUUACAUCGCCCUAGCAACGAGUUCGUUUGAUUGAUAUUUUAUUUGUUUGGGUUACUGCGUGAUGGCCAGCCUUAAAAUCGGAAAUGAUACGGAAGAUAUGUUUUACGAGAAUCUUUCCCUUGGCUUAGCGAAAGUUUUAAACAACAUUCCCAGAAUAACCAACGUAACGUUGGAAAAAAGACUUCCUUGUGAAAAGGCACAAGUUACGGCAUGGGAAUCCCGGCACAAUGUGUAUUUGCCAGAUGACAUGAAAAGAUUCUACCUUUCCACCGAUGGAUUCAAUUUCUACUGGAGUUACCAAUAUUCCCCCAAUGACAUAAGACGUGUUGGUCACAUCCACUUUCCACAUCUGAUUCAGAUAACACUCGUGAGGGACAACAUCGACACCAUCUUAACCGUCAGCCCAAACACGACCCUCACGGUUCCGCCCAUCAUCCGUCAGUCGAACUAUGUCGAUAUGAGCUCGGGUCAUUUAGAUCAUCUGAAUUUAAAUUCGAGAAGCAAAAUUUUUGAACUAAGCACCAUAGCUAACCUGGCCAAGGUGUGCCUUGUUUACGAGACACCAGAAAGCUCGAGCCCAAAAAUAUUUCUUCUUGAGACAAACUCGCUGCGGUGGCAAUUUCUGGCCGAAUCGUUUACCGAGUAUUUACGAAUGAGUAUCGCACAUUUGGGCUUACCGUACUGGGAGCUGUGCUUUUCCAGCUGUGGCUUACCGGCCUGGACUGAGCAGCUAUUUCUACUAUUGGCACCGCACCUGUUGGAGAAAAACGAUAACCGUCGAUUGAAAAACAUUGUAUGCAUCAAUGAAAAUCCACCCUACAAUGUGUUAGAUCCUGCAGUGUUUCGGACGAAAUUACGUUGCUCACGUCAGACACAGAAAAUGCGUUUGAAUAAUUAGUAACGUUAUAAUAU